UAAUAGCGAAGUAAUUACUUCUGUCCCUGCAGAGAGCUGCGCUAUUAUAUUGACAUUAAAAAGUAUAAAGGUUGCAACAUUGAGUAUCUAUAUGUAUCCGAAUAAAAACAUCUAUAUCCGGAAUGGAUACAAUGUUGCAGUCUGUAUACUUUUUAAUGUCAAAUAUAAUAACGGAGCUCUCUGCAGGGACAGAAGGAAUGUUUCAGCUGUCAUCGGGGUUUCCCACUGACAGCUGAAUUUUAAAUUAUUUCCCUGAAGGGCUUGGUAAGGAUGAGAGGGGGGACCCACGCUGUUUUUUUUGUUUUUUUUUUAUUGCGGACCUUUAUU